AGGCUAAAGAAGGGCUGGUAACAAUGCAAAAGGCUAAAGAAGGGCUGGUAACAACGCAAAAGGCUAAAGAAGGGUCGGUGGCAACUCAAGAGGCCAAAGAAGAAGCGACGGCGGAGCAAAGGGCAAAAAAUAAACAACCCGACGAGCCAAAAGAAGAGGAGCGACUAAAAGAAAAGAAUGACGCGCAAAGGAGGCGUAAACAGGGGCAAGAGGAAAUUCUAGAAAUGAAACAACAGCAACAACGUAAAGAUACGUCUCAAAAAGAUAGUUUGGUAACACGAGAAAAUGACUUAAUACAGGGAGUUCUAAAUGAGCCUACAGAUCGACUUGCGGAAGCUCAAGGAAGAAGCGAAAAAGAAGAGCAGCGGAAGCGACAGCAGCGCGAAAGGGAAACUCUAACGCCGAACUUUUUGUUACCAGGAAAACAGGCAGAGUCGUCACCAAAAUUGGUUACCGGCCAACACAGAGAGGGAGGAACUUAUGGGCCUGGAGGAAGUCGGAGGGAAGGGAAAGCUGCUGAAGAAAAAGAAGGAGGGGGCUUACCGGAUCCAUUUGCACCGAUACCACCGCCACCACGGCUUCCGCUCGGUGUUCCUAUAGCUCCUUUUUUGGAAUUUCUCAGAGUACUAUUAGGACGUGUAAGGACUGAAGUCGAGUUAUGUAGAAAGGACACCUUUCGCCCUGAUCCCUACGAAAUUUAUCCCGCAAACCCGACAUCAAGCCGACUUAAGAGAUCACCUGUCUGGGAGGCCCUGUUGCCCAAUGUUUCCAGAAAUCUUCGAUGGACUUUCGAGGAACAAAAACUUGCCGCUAAACUUUUGCGGCGUUUCUAGAAGACUGGAGUGUUUGUCACCGAAUUUCCUCCGCUAGCGACACGUAAUUGAAAAGUCUCAAUUUCAAAGUCCGCCUGAUUCGUCCAUAGCAGUUCAAUAUAUGGGACGUCCCAAAAGGUGUAUGAACUGUUGAAUUUGAUUUUUUUUGUAAACAUUCAGUAAAGCAAGCUUAGUUUCUAGUUAAAAGAAAUGCAUUUCAAAAGGCGUUUGAAAGUAAAAAAAAAACUAUAACAGAAGCACAAACAGACAAUAUCGCAGGAGGUUUCAGGCGGAUCCAACUACGCGGAGCUACCAAUCGGAUGUUCAAGGUAUUUAUCGACAACAUUUGGGAAGACUGAGAAGAGCAGCGAUUUUCACCAGCUCAAAAACGUCUAGUACAAGGCCUAGGCCUAGCGUUAGCAGGUCAAUCCUGAGCCUACUUUUCCUCAAUGGCACAGGCUAGCAAUGAAAAUGACAUUUAGCGAAAAAUAACAAUUUUGCGAAAAAUAUUUUCCCAGUUUUGGGAAAAGAUUAUUGGGAGCAAUGAAGCCGCAUCUAAAUAUAGUGGUACAGUAUUUAGGCAACUGAAAAUCAACAUGUUAGGAAGAAACAUUAUGUAAAUUCAUUAGGAGUUAAUUUUCAGAGCAUUUCAAGAAAAAUGUUUUACUAAAAGAGAUAAUUUUUUUUGACCAUGUGACGCCUGGUGCCGAUUACUUGACUUUACUGCAAGAUGGCUUGACUACGCAUUCGGGCAAACUUUGGUAAAGAUGGCGAAAUUUACUUCUAACCGGUGGGAACACCUGCGCCCUAUUGUAAUGUAUCCUGAUGAAGACCGUCCAAAUAGGUAACGAACAAAAAUGUCCCGUACCCAGGCGCAGCAUGUUCCCCAGACUUGACGCCAAUGGACUUUUCUUCAAGACUGCAGUGAAGUAUCUAAGAGCCAUAGCUAAGAACGAACGCUGCAGUGAAAUAAUUGCUAAAUCAAUAGUCCAAAGUCACCAGUGGUAUAUUCACCCGAGCGGCAACUCAAAUUAUGUAUAUUUUUUAAAAACUCGAUCUAUACAUAUAUAUAUAUAUAUAUAUAUAUAUAUAUAUACAUAUUUUAUAAGCGUCUGCUGUCUCUGACUUGGAUAACUUACAGCAUAGUUUAUAAAUUUUUACGGCUAAAUUGCUUCACGCUGUGCCGAGCGAUGGGUUUAAAUUGAGGUUAUUCCGUGGUCUCUGUACACGAUCAGUCCUAUAAGACGAGUGCUGCGUAAGCCAGCAGAGAUACGUGAAUAAAAUGCCCCAUAGAGAAAUAGCAAUAUUCUGGUAAUCGAUAGAAUAAUUAUUCACUAGGCAGAUCAUUGGGCAUUAGAAUAGUUUUUGCCUAAAAUUGUUUGAGACCCUAAAUUAAGUUGAGUUGUAGUGAACUUGAUAACGAACUAAGUUUGAGUUGUAAGGACGUAUCAAGUAAUCGUUGGCGUUGAUCCGUUUCACCGGAUGGGUUUAAGUAACGCAACGAACGCUGUGUUGUUUAAAAACACAGACAUAUAUAACUAUCCCCGGCUACUUCACAGAAUAACUCAUUACCAAUUAUUGACAACCUAUGGUAAGAGAUCGUCAAAAACCGUCGAGGAGAUGCAAGAGAGCUGUGACG